AUGGACGGCCUGGUCAAGAUGGACUGCCUCGUGCUGCCUGUGUGCGAUCUAGUUAAAGACUUAGGCAACAGGGGAGUUGUGACGUGUGAUCUCGUCAUUGGCCGCUAUACGUCACGUGACUCUACUCAAACUGUGCUACUGCCUCUAGACAACAAAACCUUCACAACUCCCAGUAGUUUUGUGUGUGCCGCCAAAUGUGCCGAACACCCAGACGAAUGCUACAACUAUAUGUACGACAAUACGAGCAAAAUCUGUACACAAGGCUCCUGGCUUCUGCCAACGGCUGCCCUCAAUAUAACACAAGCUGCCAGCACCACCAGACUCUACAGCAAGGGAAUGUACUGCAAUGUACAAGAGUUGGUGACGUCAGUAGGGAAUGGCAGGAUGGGAAUGGUGAAUGCUGUCCAGAAAGAAAUUCUUGUAGCUGAAAGUCCAAACGUCUUCAAGUCUUGUCGAGAUGUGAAGAACUCGACACUACCAAGACAACUGAUCCAACUGUCGUCUGGUCUUGUCGUCAUGUGCGACACUGUGACAGAUGGAGGCGGCUGGACAAUUUUCCAGCGUCGCGUCUAUGGAUCAAUCGACUUCUACAGAAACUGGACGGAGUACAAGUACGGGUUUGGGGACUACAAGAUUGGAGACUUUUACCUGGGCAAUGAGAACACCUACUGUCUUAACGUUAUGUAUCCUCACGAGCUACGCAUUGACAUGACUUACAAAGGGACCAGCUAUUAUGCGUAUUACUCAAACUUUACACUCUCAUCUGAAAUACAAAUGUACAAGCUAUCUGUCAACGGCUACAUGGGGUCAACCAAAGAUUCCUUCACCGCGAACAACAACAACAACCAAAAAUUCUCCACGUACGAUGUGGACAACGACAACGGUGGUAACUUUAGCUGCGCCAUCUUGCACCGCGGGGCGUGGUGGUACAACAGAUGCCACACCGUCCAUCUGAACGGUGUGUGGAAAAGUCAGGUCAACAGCAAGGGUUUAAUGUGGCAAAGUAUCACUGGAAACUUUGACAGUGUCGGUAGUUGUGAAAUGAAAAUUAGACCACGUCAGUAG